AUGCCGAUAUUCGAGUUUCUGCCCAUGCGAUCAACCCCGGACCUCAAAAUGUCCCGCUCGCUCUCCCACGCACCCCGUCUCCAGAGCCGGCCAGCUCCGCUCAAGCCCAUCCUGAAGCGAAGCAAAUCGCUCGAAAACAAGCAGAAACUUGCAGCCCCCGCAGCCCCAGCGCCCCAGUCUACUCCCAAGCGCCCGCGGUCGCUGUCAUUCAAGCAAAAGAUCGAGUUUGUGUGUGUCUUUGACGGCCAGGAGUCGCCGCUCGACAUUCUGACAUCGCCUCGCUAUGCCGUCCACGACUCGGGCGACCUCAAUGCCGCCACGGCCUCCUCGUCGCCCGGCUCCUCCCCCGUCGAGAUCAUCUCGGCGUACUCGUUCAGCGACGGCCUCGCCAGCAGCGACAUGUUCAAGACCGUGCAGCAGUGGGGAAUCGCCCGUCGCAACAGUGGCGAGCGCACCUACAUGCACAGCUCCCUCAAUGUCGUUCUCCAGUCGCUCAGCAUCGCCGGCACCGAUCGCCUCGUUGGCGAGGUUGCUGUCCGCAACCUUGCUUUCCACAAGAGCGUCUCUAUCCGGUACACGGUCGACGGCUGGUCAUCCCACACCGACCACGGCCUGUCCUUCAAGUCGAGUGCCAGCCAGUCCUUUGGCGAGUACGUCGGCAUUGACAUUUUCCAAUUCGAGCUGGAUCUCGCCGCCCUGUCGUCGUCGUCGCCCGUGAACCUCGAGUUCGUGGUCAAGUACGAAGUCAACGGCACGACCUACUGGGACAACAACUUUGGAGCCAACCACCGCUGCGUCCUCGACCAGCGGCCGGUCAUGUCCUUCCAGGCGCCGUCCCUCACAAGCUUGCCCCAUAUCGACGAAGCCUGCGAGAGCCCUCGUUCGCCAACAUCUCCAAUCAGCGCCUGGACCCCUGCCGCCGACUGGAGCGACUAUUCCUUUACCGAAAAGCACCGGAUCAGCCCCACCACCCCGGUGAUUCCCGUUCUGCCGCCGUCCCCGAUUACAUCCUCCACCGAGCGCCCGCUCCUGAUGGACGUGCCCAAUGCCCAGCUGAGCCCGAGCUUGGCCCGCAAGGUUGUUCUCUCCAAGCCCGCCAGCAGCGCCGCGACCCUCACCACGGCCGACCGUGUGAUCGUAUCGCCGCCGUGCACACCCCGUGCCUCCUAUGCCCUCAGCGUCUGA